GCGGUCCUUAAGAAGUGCCGCGGUCACGUGUACGUUUCAAAAGAAGGGCGUGACUGAGUAGGGAGGGGACCGCGGAGACCUUCAGACUCUGGACUGUAAGGGGAUGAGGGGCCGUGAAGGGGAACCCAGGAAACUGAGUCCUGAAAGCAAGGAGGAGCUUCUAGAAUGAAGGGCGCCAUCACGCCUCCCUGCCUUUGCUCAAGCAGUUCCUUCACCCCGAUCAAGUUCUUUCCCAUUUCUCCAUCUGUGGGGAUCCUGAAUGUGUACCUCCUCAGAGAAGCCUUCCUGGGGUCUCCAAUUCUAGUUUAUUGCCCCCUCCUAUCGAUCCCCCAGCACGCUCAUCGGGCCUGUGGACAAGGACAGGUUUGAGGAGAGGAUUCCCUGGAUCGCGGAGGACUACAGAAGCCGGGCAGCCCCUUCCGAGGAUGCCAAAGGGGCCCGGGCAGAGGGGAAGUGGCCGUGCCCGGACCUGCCUGCCACUAGAUCCCCACCCACCUAUGACUGCUCAGUCCGGCUCUCCUGCCAGACCCACCUUUCCUUGGCCCAAGCUAGCGCACCCCGCCCACUCCCUGCCCAGUCCAAACUCCGAGGCUGGGCAAGGCACUUGAUCCACGGCUGGAACGACCUGGGGCAGCCUCUGGGUGAACAGCAGCGUGAUCGCCGGCAGCGAACCGAGACCAGCGAGCCGACCAUGCGGCUGCACCGACUUCGGGCGCGGCUGAGCGCGGUAGCCUGUGGGCUCCUGCUGCUUCUAGUCCACGGCCAGGGCCAGGACUCUGCCAGUCCCAUCCGGACCACACACACGGGGCAGGUGCUGGGGAGUCUUGUCCAUGUCAAGGGCGCCGAUGCCGGGGUCCAUACCUUCCUGGGAAUUCCCUUUGCCAAGCCACCUCUAGGUCUGCUGCGAUUUGCACCCCCUGAGCCCCCUGAAUCUUGGAGUGGUGUGAGGGAUGGAACUACCCAUCCGGCUGUGUGUCUACAGGACCUCACCAUAAUGGAUUCAGAGGUUCGGAACCAAGUCAAUGUGACCAUCCCUUCCAUCUCCAUGUCUGAGGACUGCCUGUACCUCAGCAUCUACACGCCAGCCUAUAGCCAUGAAGGCUCUAACCUGCCGGUGAUGGUGUGGAUCCACGGUGGUGGGCUUGUUUUUGGCAUGGCUUCCAUGUAUGAUGGUUCCAUGCUGGCCGCCUUGGAGGGCGUGGUGGUGGUCACCAUCCAGUACCGCCUGGGUGUCCUAGGCUUCUUCAGCACUGGAGACAAACAUGCAACCGGCAACUGGGGCUACCUGGACCAAGUGGCCGCACUACGCUGGGUCCAGCAGAAUAUCGCCCACUUUGGAGGCAACCCUGACCGUGUCACCAUUUUUGGCGAGUCUGCGGGUGGCACGAGUGUGUCUUCACUUGUUGUGUCCCCCAUAUCCCAAGGACUCUUCCAUGGGGCCAUCAUGGAGAGUGGCGUGGCCCUCCUGCCUGGCCUCAUUGCCAGCUCAGCUGAUGUCAUCUCCACGGUGGUGGCCAACCUGUCUGCCUGUGACCAAGUUGAUUCUGAGGCCCUGGUGGGCUGCCUGCGGGGCAAGAGUAAAGAGGACAUUCUUGCAAUUAACAAGCCUUUCCACAUGAUGAUCCCCGGAGUGGUGGAUGGGAUCUUCCUGCCCAGGCACCCCCAGGAGCUGCUGGCCUCUGCCGACUUUCUACCUGUUCCCAGCAUCAUUGGUGUCAACAACGAUGAAUUCGGCUGGGUCAUCCCCAAUGUCACAAGUAUCUAUGACACCCAGAAGGAAAUGGACAGAGAGGCCUCCCAGGCUGUUCUGCAGGAAAUGUUAAGGCUAAUGAUGUUGCCUCCUACAUUUGGUGACCUGCUGAUGGAGGAGUACAUUGGGGACAAUGGGGAUCCCCAGACCCUCCAAGCCCAGUUCCAGGAGAUGAUGGCGGACUCCAUGUUCGUGAUCCCUGCCCUCCAAGUAGCACAUUUUCAGUGUUCCCAGGCCCCUGUGUACUUCUACGAGUUCCAGCAUCAGCCGAGCUGGGUCAAGAACAUCAGGCCGCCGCAUGUGAAGGCAGACCAUGGUGAUGAACUUCCUUUUGUUUUUGGAACUUUGUUCUGGGGCAACUACGUUAAAUUCACUGAGGAGGAGGAGCAGCUAAGCAGGAAGAUGAUGAAGUACUGGGCCAACUUUGCUCGAAACGGGAACCCCAAUGGCGAGGGUCUGCCACACUGGCCGCUGUUCAACCAGGAGGAGCAAUACCUGCAGCUGAACCUACAGCCUGUGGUGGGCCGGGCUCUGAAGGCCCACAGGCUCCAGUUCUGGAAGAAGGCGCUGUCCCAGAAGAUCCAGGAGCUCGAGGAACCUGAAGAGAGACACACAGAGCUGUAGCUCCCUGUGCUGGGGAGGAGGGGGUCGGCUCGCUUACAGGCUAGAAUGCAGUGGCAUGAUCACAGAUCACUGCAACCUCCACCUCCGGGCUUCAGACACUGUACGGCCCAUAGUUACAAGACCACAGCACACUCCCAUGCCCAGGCUGGUUGGUCGCCUCUGGUCUGGCAGGGCUCCCAGUGUCUCGGGAUCUCCCAGUGACGCGCCUGCCUCCCCUGCUGCAACACAGGCUCAGGAGUGCCGGAUCUGCAUCGCUCUGACCGGCAGGUGCUCAUGAAAUGUUCGUCAAGUGGAUAAAUGACCAUGGCCCUGGUCUCCGCAGGAGAUGAGGAAACUGAAAGCCACCGAGGCAAAGCGGGGCGUUCCUUUAGAAGUGCGGUGGUCACGUGUACGUUUCAAAGAAGGGCGUGGCUGAGUAGGGAGGGGACUGCGGAGACCCUCAGACCCUGGAGUGUAAGGGGAUGAGGGGCCGUGAAGGGGAACCCAGGAAACUGAGUCCCGAAAGCAAGGAGGAGCUUCUAGAAUGAAGGGCGCCGUCACUCCUCCCUGCCUUUGCUCAAGCGGUUCCUUCACCCCGAUCAAGUUCCUUCCCAUUUCUCCAUCUGUGGGGAUCCUAAAUGUGCACCUCCUCAGAGAAGCCCUCCUGGGUUCUCCAGUUCUAGUUUAUUGCCCCCUCCUAUCGAUCCCCCAGCACGCUCAUCGGGCCUGUGGACAAGGACAGGUUUGAGGAGAGGAUUCUCCAGAUCGUGGAGUGACUGGAGAAGCGGCGCAGCCCCUUCCGAGGAUGCCAAAGGGGCCCGGGCAGAGGGGAAGUGGCCGUGCCCGGACCUGCCUGCCACUAGAUCGCCACCCACCUAUGACUGUUCAAUCCGCUCCCCAGACCCAUCUUUCCCCGCCCAAGCCAGCCCACCCCGCCCACUCCCUGCCCAGUCCAAACUCCGAGGCUGGGCAAAGCACUGAUCCACGGCUGGACCGACCCGGGGGCAGCCUCUGGGUGAACAGCAGCGUGUCCGCCGGCAGCGAACCAAGGCCAGCGAGCCGACCAUGCGGCUGCACAGACUUCGCGCACGGCUGAGCGCAGUGGCCUGUGGGCUCCUGCUGCUUCUAGUCCACGGCCAGGGUGAGGCUCCCUCGGAGGGGCGACAGGGACCGGGCUCAGAUCUGCCAAAUGCUGCGGAGGCACGACCUGAUAGUGCGGGAGGGCAGGCGCCUGGGAGGUAGGAGCUGGUGGAGAUGACAGCGUGGAACUCAUGAGCCCCAGGCGACGCCUCCCCGCCGCCCAAGUUGGGCUCCUAGAAGUGCGGAAAGGGUCGGGACACCUGCGGGACACCACGGCGAGGAACCAGCGUGGUACAGGGGCCCAAGAGCGCUGGGACAUGCCAGGCUGGGUCGGCAGUCUCGGGUCGGAGUGGGUGAGGGAUUGGGGUGCGGGGAUUCAGUCCAUUUCCCUCUUAUGAUUGUGGCUGUAGCCGGUGCUGCCGGCCGGUAAUAACAAUAAUAGCUUCUGGCAGCAUCUGGCUCUGAGUGUGUGGCGUGGCCAGGGGGACGCCCUGACCCCUCCAAAGGGGCCUCAGAUAAGGUUAGUGGUCCUUGGGGAACAGAAGCCCCCAGGCUCCAAAUGCUAAAGCAGAUCUAAGAGGCCGCAGUGGCUGGGUGCGAUUGGCUCACUCCUUUAAUCCCAGCACUUUGGAAGGCCAAGGGGGAGAAUCGCUUGAGCCCAGGAGUUGGAGGCCAGCCUGGGCAACAUAGUGAGACUCGGAGUGUACAAAAAAUUAGAGGAAAUUAGUGGGCUGUGGUGGCCGGUGACCUGUAGUCCAGCUACUUGGGAGGCUGAGGCCGCAGUGAGCCUUCAUUGCACUGCUACCCUCCAGUCUGGGUGAAAAAGCAAAAAUCUGUCUCCAGAAACCAGAGCCAAAGAGCUCGUGGUGUCCCUCAUGCCAUUUACGUCAUCCUGGACAAGGGCACAGCUUGGCUUCCAGGGCGAAGGUGAUGGCUCUGUGUGCCUGCCAGGCUUCUCCAGGCCCUUAUCAGAAGCUCGGGGAGUGUUUUGGCCUUUGGUUCUCUCACUUGAAACUCUCCUAAGUGUAUGAUCUGACUGCCUCUCCCGACCCUUUCCCAAUUUAAUCUGCCCAGGUGGAGUCCAUACUCCCCCCGCCCCAUGGUGCACCCCUGCAGGGCUUCCUCCCAUGCCUGCCCUUGACCACAUUCUAGAAUUCACCAGCAGCCCAGCAGGAAGAUCUGCCCAGCCUCACAGAUAGCUACCUUUCAAAAUAUUUUGGGCCAGGCACAGUGGCUCACACCUGUUAUCCCAGCACUGUGAGAGGCAGAGAUGGGAGGAUCGCUUGAGCCUAGGAGUUAGAGACCAGCUUGGGCAACGAGACUUGUCUCUACCAAAAAAAAAAAAAAAAAGGACUCAGGCAUGGUGGCACACACCUGUACUCCAAGCUACUCGGGAGGCUGAGGUGGGAGGAUCUCAAGCCCAGGAGGUGGAGGCUGCUGUGAGCUGUAAUCACACCACUGCAUUCCAGCCUGGGCAACAGAUGGAGACCUUAUCUGACAAAUAUAUAUGUAUAGAAAAUUUUGGGUUGGACCCACAUUCAGAAAAAAUAAUUGACAAGCCAUAGGAGGGUACAGGUGAUGUGUGCCAUCCUCUUUUGUCCCAACAAGUCUUGGUGUCUCCUCAGGGGCCAUCAAAGUCCCCAUGGCCCACACUGGAAACUGCUUGUUGACACUGCAGUACACACAGUGCCCAGCAGUUUACACAAUAAUAGAUGUGUGCACUUGUCCUUGAUUUUCAUCUAAAUGGUCGUAAACUCACCCACUUUCUGGGGCCAGGCUUUUCUAUUUCCUAACACAAGGGGCGGCCUCCACACACCCCUACAUGGUAGAGCUUCUUCGUACUGAUUAAUGGAAGAGCUUCUGUCCACAAUGAAGCAAGUAAUGAAUCUCUUUAUUCCAUGAAGUUGAUGUACCAGGUCUCUAACCAGGGACAUUUCAGCAGGUGAUGUCCUUUGCUGUAACAAACAUCAGGCAUCAGUGGCCAGUGGCCACAGAGAAUUACCUGGAUAGACAUCCUCUCCAGCAAGGAAUCGUGUGUAGGAGCGUGUUACUGGGGAGAGGAAUGGGCCUUUUGACUUGGAGACAUUGUUAAAAUGUCCUCUCUGGUGUCUGUAAAUGUCUACUGACCCUGGCCUCCCCCACACCAGGUGGCAUCAAACAUAUUGAUCCAUGUUGAACUGACAGGUGUAGGGUGGCAUUAGCUCCCUAAGGCUGUUUUUGUUUUUUGACUUUUUUUUUUUUUCUUGAGACAGGAUCUCACUCUGUCACCCAGGCGGGAGUGCAGUGGUGCCAUAUCGAAUUACUACAACCUCUGCUUCCCAGGUUCAAAAGAUUCUCAUUCCUCAGCCUCCCAAAUAGCUGGGUCUACAGGCACGCGCCACCACGCCCAGCUGAUUGUUGUAUCUUUUGGUAGAGACAGGGUUUCACCAUGUUGGCCAGGCUCGUCUCGAACUCCUAACCUCAAGUGAUCCACCUGCCUCGGCCUCCCAAAGUGCUGGGAUUACAGACCUCAGCCACCACACCUGGUCUGUUUUUUGACUUUUUAUUAUGGAACUGGGCUCAGAUUUCCCAAACCCUACAGAAGCAGAACCUGAGAUUCCAAAAGGGAAGGUGCCAGACAGGUGGGAACUGAUGGGAAUAACAAUAGCAGGUGAAACUCCCUGAGGCACAGAGAGGGUCAAGGCUGCUCGAGGGCUGCACAGCACCAAGGGAUGAGCCAAGUCUGAGGUAGAAACAGUAGUAUAACAAAUCCAAUUUACCCAUUGUCCACCUUCAGCAAUGAUGAAGAUCUUGUUUUUGUUUCUGUUUUAAAUCAGCUUUCUCAGGUUGAAUAUAACCUGGUGCUUUCUGGGUGGCCACCUCUCUCUUGCAGCAUUAUUUGAAACAAAUCCCAGACAUCAUAUAAUCUGUAAAUUUUCCAUCAUGUCCUACUAUAGAAAAGGAACAUAUAUAUGUAUGUGUGUAUUUCCACAACAUAAUAUGUUCUCAAUUUAAUCAAAUAGUCAAAUGUUCUUUAAUAUUUACAAAUGAUGCUUGUAUUAAUACAAGUGUUUUUUUUUUUUUUGAAACGGAGUCUCACUCUGUCGCCCAGGCUGGAGUGCAGUGGCAUGAUCUCGGCUCACUGCAAGCUCCGCCUCCUGGGUUCACGCCAUUCUCCUGCCUCAGCCUCUUGAGUAGCUGGGAUUACAGGUGCCCGCCACCAUGCCUGGCUAUUUUUUUUUUUUUUUUUUGUAUUUUUAGUAGAGAUGGGGUUUCACCAUGUUAGCCAGGAUGGUCUUGAUCUAACCUCGUGAUCUGCCUGCCUCAACCUCUCAAAGUGCUGGGGUUAAAGACAUGAGCCACCGCACCUGCCAAGUGUUUUUUUUUAAAAAAAUAUAUAUUGGGGUUUAAAUAAGGUUCAUACUUUGCAAAUUGGUAGAUUUUUUUUUUUUUGAGAAGGAGCCUCAUUCUGUAGCCCAGGCUCAUUGCAACCUCCACCUCCUGGGUUCAAGGGAUCCUCAUGCCUCAGCCUCCCAAGUAGCUAGAAUUACAGGCACAUGCCACCAUGAAUGGCUAAUUUUUGUAUUUUUAGUAGAGACAGGGUUUCUCCAUGUUGACCAGCCUGGUUUCGAACUCCUGGACUCAGGCGAUCCACCCACCUCAACCUCCCAAAGUGCUGGGAUUACAGGCCUGAGCCUCCAUGCCCUGCCAAUUCUCUUGGCUUUAUACUUAGGAGUGGAAUUGCUGAGUCAUAUGGCAGCUUUAUGUUUAAUUCCCUGAAAAACUGCCAGACUGUUUUCCAAAGCCCAUUUUACCUUCCCACUGCCCCAUUUUACCUUCCCAGUAUGAAAGUUGCAAGUUUUCCACUUCCUUACCAACAGUUAUUAUUAUCUGUCAUUUUUAUGUGUUUCUUGAAUCUCUUUCAAUCUUCAAAUAUUCCCUCUGCUUCCCUUUUAUUUUCUUUCUCAAUUUUGUUGCAUAUGGAAGAAACCAGUUUAUUUGUUCUGGAGAGGAUCCCACCAUUCAGGUUUUGCUGAUUGCAUCCCAGUGGUGUCUUUUAACUGUUCUUCUGUCCCCUGUCUACCAUGUAAACUUGUAUUUAUAUUCUAGAAGCAUAGUCAGAUUUAGGUUUUAGGUUUUGUAUUGCUUUGUUUUGUUUUUUGGAGGACUACUUCACAUGUGGUGCUGUGUACUUCUGAUAGAAAAUAUGUAAUGUCUGAUUGUCCUGCUUUUUGUGAUACCACAAAAAGAGUGGUUGACAUCACAGUGAGAAUUCUAUGUGCAUUUCUUUUACUAUGAAUGAGGUAAAGAUGUCUUUGUUUAUUUGAAAGACACUGAUUUGUAUUCCUUAUUCUUAACAUAUUCCUAUGCUGCUUUUCCUUUUGUGUCGCUGGUAUAUUCUUUGUUUGUAGAAAUUCUUUAUCUAUUAAAGACUGACUUUCUCUGUUA